AUGCUAGGGAAACUCCACCCUAAGCAUGCAAGAGUUUCAUCCUAGAAUUAGAACAGAGUGAAAAAUGUCCUCAGAUAAGAAAUAAAAGACACACAAUAAAAUGAUAAAAUCUUACUUACUGAUAAUGACUAAAUAUCAUCGCAUAAAAUGGAGAUUACCGAGUAAUUUAAGUUUAGCAACGCCAAUAAAAAUAAAUUAAAUUUGCCUUCAAAUUAAGAUUUACCAUUUUCCAACAAUAACCAGUUUUCUUAAAAGGAUCAGGAGAGCUAAGAAUUUACAGAGAAUACAAAUAAAAAUUUAUUAGAUAAGGAUGCUUGCAGUAAAGAUGAUAAUAAUCAUUUAUUUAACUAUGGGAAUCAUGAUAUGGAUAGUUAGAACUUACUAAGCCAUAAAGAUAAAGAUAAAAUUCAAAGAGAUCUAUCAUCAAUUUUGCACAAAGAUUAGAAUAUUAAUACUACUGUGUCCCUAAGAGAUUAGCUUAGCACUAAAUAGUCGAAAAGAGAUACAAUGAUUGAAACUAUCUAUCAACAUACAACAACUCAUUACACUAAUAGAAAUGCCUUUGCUUAAUAAACAUCAUCAUUUACAAGUAAAAGACCUACAUCUGGCUAAAAUAAAAACAAAAGUUUUAAAACUAUAAAAUCCCCCAAAAAUAAGCAAAAGCAACCUAAAAGAAUUGAAGAUGAAAACAAACUCGAAGAUAUUGAAUAGAAAAUUAGACUUUUGGAUAGUCUUAUAGAAUCAGACAAAAUUUCAAAGCAUAUUAAAUAGACUUAGUCAGAUUAACUAAAAAUUAUGAAGUAAAAAGUCUAAAAACUUCGAGAAGCAGAGUAAAAGCUAAAUGAAAUAAGAAUAGGAUAGAGUGUUUAAAAUUUUUAGAAUCAAAGCUUGAUCUCUGAAAGAGAACAGCAUUAAGCAUAUGCUCAAUCACCUAAAGAUCUUCAAUGUUAUACUCUAUGCGAAGAGUCAAUGAAGAGUGAAGCAAAUAAAAAGCGAAGGCUAAUCUAUAUGUAGCAUAAGGACUAAAACAAGCUCUUAAAUAAAGCUGAAAUCAUGUUUAAUCAAGGAUUGCGAGAGUCAGGCAGCUUACAUUCAAGCAGCUUAGAUAAUAAUAACUCUAUAAGAAAUACCACUGCCUAUAAUAAUGUAACUCCAUCUCUACAGAAUUUUAAACUCCUAAGCUAAGCAAAAAGAACUUAAAACCAGUCAUCUGUUUUAAGAAAUAGCUUACAAACAGAUUCCAACAGAUAAGAUUAUUACUCAAUAUAUGAGAAUAUAAUAAAUGAAAAGCAGGCAACCGAAAUAAUUCAGAAGAUUAUCAAGCAAAGACCUAAAUCUGAAUAUCAUUCUAAGAAGGCAGCAAGGCGAACUGAAAACGGAUCUCUCAAUAUCUAUCAGAAUAGCAUAAUAACAAACGAAAAAAUAAAUAAUACCCUUAAUACUAGAUUCGCAGUUAAUAGCAAGAAUUCUAAGUAUAGUAGUAAUAAGAUCAGAUCAGGGCAGUCAUCUUUCAAUUAAAUGGUAAGCCAAUUAAGUGAUAUCCGCAUUGAACCAAUGAUAGAUGGCAAAAGCGUAGUCAUUAAUUUUAAAUAAGAUUCUAGAAAUAAAGAACAGUAACAGACCAGACCAGCAACUGCUAAUCAGUAGUCUCGAAUUAUAAUCAAAUUUAAUAACAUAGGCAGGAGAGAGUAGCAUAACUUUGCUGUUUAAGGCAUAAACAAUUUUGAAUAAGUGUCCAUUGACUAUAAAGCUAAUCUUCAGAGAAAUACUCAGAAUCAGUCAUUCCAUCAUUAAAAACAGAAAAGUUCAGAGGAGUGCAGCAUCUUAUUUGAUAAAACAAAUCAUUUAAGAAAGGCUUCUUCAACUUUUCAGCAUUAAAGCUCAUUAAGAAAAUCAGUCCACAGUAAAACAAGAAAUUAAGCCCAAAAUAAAGCUGAUGGCACAAGUAGUUUUCACAAUAGCGAACUCCUGAGUUUUAACUCUUCAUUUCAUGCUGAUAAAAUAAUUGAUCCAGCAGGAAUAAAUCAAACCAGACCGGCUAUUACUGAGUUCGUUGAUAUUAAAAUGAAUAAGAAGCCAGAAUAAAAAGUUACUCGAAAGCAAUUUAGUUCUGCUGACAAGAAUAAGAAGAGAAGCAUUAGACUUUUACAGAAUCUAAACUAGCAUGCCAAAAAUGAAUACUACGACCCAGAAGAUAUUAAAUCAACUAGAAAAUUGACCUCUGAUUCUUUAAGAACAUCUCAAAACCCAAUCCGGAAUAUGGGAAAUACUAAUUCUAUAUAUCUCUCUAAUAGUAUAGCUGGAGACGAUAAUGAUGCAAGCAAUUUAGUGAAUAAAAAAUUUUCUGCUUACAAUAUUGGAUACUCCUAACCCUCUCAUUUUUUAAGUAUAACAAAUAGAGACUCGUCUAAAAAGAAACUAAACUCAGUUUAGAUGUCUUCAAAAGAUAUUAAUCGGCUGAAUUCGCAAAAUCCUUAUCUGACCGCCUAGAAUUCAGUUCAUGAGGAAAGUCUUUAAAGCGAUGUGGAUGUAGUCAAUAUUCUAUCCUAGAGGGGGUAUACUAAAAUCAGAAGAGAUUAUUACAGCAAAGACUAAGGUAAAAAUUUCAGUAAUGAUGCCUAUAUCAACUCACUUGAAAUUAAGAAUAGAGUAGCUGAGUCCAAUUAUAGGCACUCUUAAUCUAGAGAUAAAAAUAGAUUAUGA